AUGGUUGACAUGGAUUCGGCGCCUCAGGACGUGCUCGUGGAAGUCUUCCGCCGCCUCGCACCGCGCGGCCUCGCUUCAUGCCGCUGCGUGUGCAGGGCGUGGCAUGCCACCGUCGACGCCAACCUCCUGCUACGCGCGGAUCUGCUCCCGCUCACGCUGGACCGCAUCUUCUUCGAGACCUCCAUGUUCAGCACCUCGAGGCUCUUCUCCCGCCGCUCCACGGGGCGCAAGGUGACCUCCAGGCUAGACUACUUGGACUGCCCGCUCGCAAGAGCUGAUCUCUAUUGGCCGAUCAUGGAUUGUUGCAACGGCCUUCUCCUGCUGGCGGAUUCGGAUCAUGUUGUCAAUCCUGCCACCCGACAGUGGGUGCGGUUCCCCCCGCCGCCGCGCUCCUGCACAGCCACAGAUUGCCACAAAUGCUUUGAUUAUCGUUAUCUUGUGUACGAUCCCACCGUGUCGCCACACUAUGAGGUGUUUUCAGUCCCUUUGAUUCCAUUCAAUCUUCCAACGGGGCAUCUCUCUAGGCAUAUAUGUCAUGAUGAUCAGUUGGUCUCUGCGAUGGAAUGA